GUGUAAAGAAGAUAAUUCUAUGGCAUGACGUUUUUUCUAUAGGAACAGAUGUCAUAAAGUCAGAUUCUGGUCUUAAAGCUGACCAAAUAGUCUACAUCUUAAUGCUAAAAUAAGCUAACCAGCAGUUUGCUGUUUCUUCAUAUUUAAUGUGCACACAUGUUUGAGAAUACCAUUAUCUGUAUCCGUAUCUGUACUCAGAGUAGGCAGGGUUUAAACUCCAAGUUGCCUCGGUAGUGUGUAGCUGAAGUGGACGUGGACUAACUGAAAGUUAAGUCAAGCCUAAUAUUAAUGUGUGGAUCAGAAGUUGCUGUAUUUAUUAUUUGUUAGAAAAGUAUUUACAUCAUACCAUCAGACUUCAGCCUCAGAUCAGUCAAAAAAAGAAAAAUCACACUAUUUACAGUAAAAGUUUUUUAUGACUUGAACAACAUUCAGCUACCCAAUGAAUUUUCCUUCAUCACGAAGACGUUAUUGACAAAUUUUACUUGGAUGAUACUACCGGACACUCUGUUCAGGAGAGCUCUGGCUCAUAUUUCAACAUCUAAACUUCUGAAAAUUAAGCGAAUAGCCUCAGCAUAUUUCCCAAAAUGUUUAAUUAUUCCUUUAAGAAACUUGAAAAUGCUCUGUAUUAAGUAUAAUGUAGCCCAGUGUUUGAAAAUGCUUUGUAUAUUCUAUAGCCAUAUAAAGGCUAAAUACUAUAAUCCAUUUUUACAGCUGAAAGAACUGUGAACAGUUCUUGUUUACUCUGAUCUAUGCACACCACUUCUUAAAGCCAUAUUUAAAGCUGAUGCUGUUACCGCCUGCCUUAAGUGCAUUGAGCUCUCGUCAUCCCAGGAGAUCCCAAGUCAGAGCAUCUUCGUAUUGACUGCCCUCUUAGAAGCGUCUCCCAGGUGGGCUGGAGUUCUCCGUGCUCUCCCCUGAAGCGGCUCCGCGGUACCACCUGGAAACCCGCUAAGAUGUACAGUGCAAGACUACUCAUCCAUUUUCGAGCCGGGGCUAAAUUAUUGAGAGAGUGGACGAGUCGAUCUGAACCGCACUCGUGCUGGACGUCUUACCCCUUUGCAGUUUUUUUUUUUUUUUUUUAUCUUGCCAAUCAAGAAAUAAAUGCCUGGAAUCAAACGGAAUGAGAAUUUCAUUUUACUUCUUACUUGUGUGAUAGGUUAGAUUUGCUUUGGCUUUUGAGCGAGAUUGGCUUUGGAACAGCCAAUUCCUGCAAUUUGGGUUUAGCUAAAGGAAUUAUGGGUUUAUUUUAGGCCUUUAUUUUCUUGUCUCUUUCCUUUGUUGCUAUGGUAACCUUCCACAUCCCCCAAAUUGCCCCUUCGUCUGGCUGAUGGGUGGUCCUUUCUCUUUUCUUCAACAAGGCUGGCGCACAUAGCCUACAGAGCCUGUUGUGAGCUUGUUGUGCGGUCCUCCCUAUCUCUGUAUUUUUCUUUUCUUCUGGCGUGUUUGUUGGAGGACCAGACGACGGCAAAUUGAUCCGGCUGCUCACAGAUGGAGAUGUGUUAGUCGAGCUUGAGUGGUUCAGGCCUCUGAGCGUCACGUUUCUCUCUGCCCUCCUGAAGUGUGUCCAAACAAUACCCGAGUGCUCCCCCUGUUUGUGUUUUUCUCUUUGCGGACACGUGCUUAUUAUCAAUCUCUCAAAAGCCGUUUCUGACACAGAACAUAAACGCCCUCAUCUGAAAACAAUGUGUGGAGCCACUAUCGAAAAGAGGAAGUGCCACCUUCAUCUCAGCCACAUCCUCUCGUUUGUGCUUAUCUUCCCUGUCGACCCGGUGACAUGUUAUUUUCCUUUAAAGCAGCGGUUUGAAAUUGAGUGCAGUCAGACCUUUUGCGUUGAUAGAAUUCACAAGAGGCUCUGUUGCGAUCGAGUUCAGCCCUCCACUUCUUAUUUCCCUGUUUUGACAGUUGAUAUCAGCUAAGGAACUCAAUUUCCGCUGACGUCGCCCAAAUCUGUCGAGCCGCUCUAAGAGUGCUGAAGUCGACUCCUCUGCAGGUUUCUUUGACGAGGAGAGGCGAUGGAGGCCGAUAUCUUUGAGUAUCACAAAGAGGAAGACACUGUGGACUUUGAGGCUUUUCAGGGAGGGAAGCAGAAGCUCAUUCAGCCAACAUCUUUGAAGGACCCCAAACUUGAGAAGCUAAAGGAGGCACUGGUUUCUUGGAUCAAUAGAACUUUGAAACAGGAGCACAUAGUGGUUCAGAGUCUGGAGGAGGAUCUGUACGAUGGACUGGUGCUUCAUCAUCUGCUGUCCAGGUUGGGCGGUGUGCUCGUGCCUGCGGAGGAGAUAGCACUGACCAGCUCUGCUCAGAUCCACAAGCUGGAACUGAUCCUGGAGGAGCUGGACAAGAGACUGGGCCCGCAGGACGGCAGCGGGAUCAAGUGGAACGUCAAACUCAUCCACAACAAAGACCUUCUGGCCACUAUUCAUCUGCUGGUUGCCAUGGUGAAAUGUUUCCAGCCCGAACUGGAUUUGCCACCUAAUGUUAAGGUGGACGUUGUAGUCGUGGAAGUCGGCAAAAGUGGAAUCAAAUCAGAUAUAGACACGGAGGUCCUGACGGGGGAAAGAGACGCAGGCUCAGACUCCCCGAGCAAUACUGAACGGGAGGAUCCCAUCGAGCAACUGCUGAAGCUUGAGGCUCACAAGGUCAACACGGUGAAGCAGGCCAUCGUACACUUUGUCAACCAGAACAUGGCGACCUUGGGUCUGCAGGUGGCUGAUGUGGACAAACAGUUUGCUGAUGGUGUGAUUCUGCUGCUGCUGAUUGGACAGCUGGAAGGCUUCUUCAUCCCACUCCAUGACUUCAACCUGACCCCAGUCAGUCCCUCUGAGAUGCUUCACAACGUGACCCUGGCCUUGGACCUCCUCAACGACACAGGCCUCCAGGUGUCCAGCGUCGAUCCACAAGAUAUCGUCUCUCAGGACGUCGCUGCCACCCUGAAGGUCCUGUACGCCCUGUUCAAGAAGCACAAAGUCAACAAAUGAGAGCGGUGGAGAGGGACUCUGCAACCAGACUCAGUCUAGUUUUGAAAUCACUUUUGAAAACGCACUUGUCACAGAAUUACUUGUUGGUGAUUUAAUUUGCUAUAUGACAUUCAGUUAAACUUUUUUCAUGUUUUAAGUGUAAAGUUUUUAUGUCUUUAAACUUGGUUUAUUGCCUUUGUGUUUUAUUUGGUUCUGUAAAGAACUUUGUAACUGUGUUUUGAAAGUUUCUCUAUUAAUAAAAUGUACUAAUUAUAAUUA